AGGGUCCUGGUCCUCUACCUCUCCGAGUGUUAUCAUUUGCAGACCGAGCACAAUUAAGCAGUUAGUCUUUUUUGAAACAAAAUUUAAACUAUCUCUAUGUAGUUGAGUUGUUGAGUCUAUUUUGAUGGGGAAAACGUCUCAAACGGAUGUAUUGUUAUCGGACCUGACUGUAAGUUCAAAAUUGUCAUCAAUGUCAUGACGUUGACCUCUUCCGCGACAGCAUCUGAAUGGCCGCCUCGCGAGCCGACGACAUGCUCCGCUUCCGCCUUUCCAUCCAGCCAGCGUGCGGCGUUUCGAAAGAUCGACGGUGAGUUUGAUGUUCAACACUGGUUGGAUAUUCUUGGCCCAGACAUUACCUUCCCGACGGAAAUCGCAGAGCUAACCAGACUCGAAGCCGAAACCCUCCUCGCAGCUUGCGUUGCGAGGGAAGAUUACAAACGGCGUUGUCCCAUCCAGAGAAGGAAAAAAAAUCUGCUCAAAAAGUGAGUCAAGACUGUCUAACAAUUGCCGAAAAGGAUAGAAGACGAGAAUUCUUCUAAAGCUCGUCAGAGGCAUACAGUCGUGGAAAAGUGUCGCGAUCUGUAGUAGAGUUUUUGAGCCUCUAGCGUUGUAAGCUCUUAAGCAAUUGGUAGACAUUUUGUAGACACUUUUAGGGCAGAUUUUUCCCCUUAGAGUGGGGCACAUUCUUGUUUGUUUCUAAAAGGAGUUGCUGGAUGAAAUUAAUCGAGCAGGCUUAGACCAACUCCGUACUAGAGGAAACGGAGAUCAUCAGGGGAAUCAACAAGAUGAGCAACCACAUCAAGAUGAUGAUGACUUACUCUUCACGGAAACCGGCGUAGUGGAAUACAUCGACCUGUUGGAAAGGUAUGCCGGAAAUUGCGAAGAAUUGCUAGAAAGUGGAGAUUUGGAUGCCCAUCGACGUCAGAUGAGUUCGCAAGAUGCUCUGCUGUCGGACGCGAGCAAGAAAGCUAUCUUCUCUGCUCUACAGGACCGACCCUCACUACGAAACGCAUUGCAGAGUCCAGAACUCGGACAGAUCUCCAGAAGGAUUGACGAGGCAAUGAGAAGGCUGUCUUCCUCUGCGUCGACAGAAUUGAAGUCAGCGUCCUUCUUCCUACGUCUCUCGACGCGAUCCCCGAAGGAUGCUGCGUGCGUCAGUGAGGUUGACUAUCUGGAGGAAUAUGUACGUCAGAAGCAAAUCCAAACGCAUCAUAAAUCGGAAGCGACUUCUACCCGUCUCACAUGGAGCGAAAAGAUGGACCUGCUCUGCCUUCUCAGUCUGCGAGCUAUGCGGGUCUCGAAUGGAGUAGAGGCACUGAGUUUGUUACUCACCUCGAAGCGGGUUCGUGACGAUCUCAAACAGGCUCUAGAAGAUGCGUCUUCAACAUGUAGAUCUACUCCUGGUUCUUCUGGUGCAGCAGGUACAGCUACUCCAUCUGCUGGCUCAUCUGCUGAAGCUGAUGCUGAAAAGACAAAUAAUUCUAAAGUUGAGUUCGAUCUUUCGCUGGUUGUAAGGGAAUGGAAUGACGGGAUCCGCCCAGCAACAGAGUUUCGCGGUUUCGUAGAUUCGGAAGGCCACCUAGUUGCUCUCUCUCAGUACAACGAGAUCUGCCACUAUCCGCAUCUUUUUCAGGAACGGAAUGGACACGGAGAUGGGGAUGCAGCUCCUCAUGCUCAUGCUGGGAGUGGGACGAAGACGAACAUGAAGAAGAGGAACAACCUAAUAAACGUAAUACAGAAUGUUUUGAUCGACUUUGUCAAGACGGAACUGAAGCCAAGAUUGGUAGGGACGUCGCUGCUGCCUUGCAUCGUGGAUUUCCAUGUUGAAGACGGAAUAGAAGAAGACGAAGGUUUUCAAUUAGAAAUGGAGGAAGAUUUCGAUGAUUUAAAGAAGAAGAUGAAUUAUCUCAAAAAAGUGAAAGUGGUAGAGUUGAACCCUGCUAAUGAACGGACGAGCUUCUCCUUAUUCGAACCGGAUGCUGCAAAGGUGCUAGAGUGGUUACGCAUUGAGAGACAGAUACACAGUGAGAACGAUGAUGAUCUUCAAAGCGCCGAAAAAAAGAAAAAGAACUUUUUCCACGAAUUCCGUCUUGUAUCUCGACAAGAUACACGAGAAGACGUGGCAGCGGAUAGUGACAGCGUACGGGAGUCGUUGGGCCGGGUUCUACAGGGAAAAAUAUCAGAAGCCCACGCGCGGUGGAAGAUGAAAAAGAUUAUAGAGCACAGUGGUGUCAUACAACCGACACAAUUUUGCGACGAGGUUUGCUGAGCUACUCUUCGAUUUAGCAAAGUGUGUGAGUUGUAUUCUCAAUGUUAUGUUUAUGAUUUAUGGCUUUCUCUACUUCUUUUGACAUUACUCGAUGACAUUUUUGUGUCUUGCUUCUAAUAUAAUGCAAGCACAAGCAGCAAGAGCAUUGGAGCAGGUAGCAUAGUAGCCGGUGGGUUGUCUCUAAAGUGGUGGGGAUCGAUGUGGGAGUGAGACGAAAACAAGAUGAAGAUCCACUAAACAAGACCCGAACAUGGAGAAAGUAGUAGAUGAUCACAGGAAGAAGAAAAAGAUCUCCGCGCAUUCCAUUCACAGUGAACGAC